UGUGUUUUGAGUGAGCUGCGUUCCAACUUGCAUCUUCGUUUUCCGUCUCUCCCUGUCUUUCUGUGUAUGAAGCUCCAAACUUUUGCCGACCCACAAUACAUCUCUUACAUUCAUACCUUGCUUCGCCCUUCUUUCCAUCAAAUGAAUGCCGACACCUCCGGAAAACGGUGCCGGGAAAUUCAACAUCGUCACGACGCCGAUGACGAGCCUUCGAUUCCAAGGGAAGGAACUCAGGAGAACGAAUUGAAGGGUAUUCUUACUUUGCUGAUGUUGCCGGACGAUCAUGAUGAGAAGCAUGAUGAUGACGAUAACCUCGACAAGGUCUCCUCCACCGAGGAUGAUCAGAAACCGAGCCUCAAGAGGAACGCUGAAUCCAUGCUAGAAUGUAACUCCUGUCUUCACGAUGAAUUUGAAAGAACAAAGCGAACUCGCAAGAGAAAGAAAUCCCGACGGGCAGUUUGUGAUGUAUCAGAGCUCAAAUCCGGAGCCGCAGAUAGUGGGCCUCGCCAUCAACGUAGGCUGUGGGUGAAAGAUCGUUCAGGGGCUUGGUGGCAACAAUGUAACCACCAGGAUUUUCCUGAACAAGAGUUCAAGAAAGCGUUUAGAAUGGGAAAAGCUACUUUCGAUAUGAUCUGCGAGGAGCUCAAUCCCGCGAUCGCGAAAGGAGACACAACUCUCAGAAAUGCAAUUCCUGUGAGGCAAAGAGUGGCUGUUUGUAUAUGGAGGUUAGCCACGGGCGAUCCUCUUCGUCUUGUAUCACAGAAAUUUGGUUUGGGCAUAUCAACUUGCCACAAGUUGAUUCUUGAGGUUUGUACGGCCAUAAGGUCUGUACUGAUGCGUAAGUACUUGCAAUGGCCUGAUGAAGUUACAACAAGGAACUUCAAAGCUGAAUUUGAAUCCAUCUCAGGAAUACCCAAUGUGGUGGGGUCCAUGUUUACCUCACAUAUCCCAAUAGCAGCUCCCAAGGUUAAUGUUACAGCUUAUUAUAAUAAGAAUCACACAGAGAGGAAUCAGAAAACUUCGUAUUCAGUUACAGUUCAGGGUGUCGUUGACCCAAGAGGUGUGUUUACAGAUGUUUCUAUUGGUUGGCCUGGUUCUAUGUCUGAUGAUGAGGUGUUACAGAAAUCUGCACUUUAUGAAAAGGCUAAUGGAGGACUUCUGAAUGGUAUGUGGAUUGUUGGGAGUUCAGGGUAUCCUCUAAUGGAUUGGGUUCUAGUGCCUUAUAGUCAGCAGAACCUGACUUGGACACAGCAUGCUUUUAACGAGAAGAUUGAAGAGAUUCGAAAAGUUUCAAAAGAUGCUUUUGCCAGAUUGAAAAGAAGGUGGGGUUGCCUGCAAAGAAGGACAGAAGUGAAACUACAAGAUUUGCCUCUUAUCCUUGCUGCCUGCUGUGUUCUGCAUAAUAUAUGUGAAUUUAAGAAUGAAGAAAUGGAUCCAGAGCUUAUGGUUGAACUUGUUGAUGAUGAGAUUGUGCCAGAUGUUGCUUUGAGAUCAGUAAAGUCUAUGAAGGCUAGGGACCUAAUUGCUCACAAUCUUUUACACCAUGGCCUUGCUGGCACUUCUUUUCUCUAGUCUCGUUUUUUUCUAUAGAUUGGUAUUGAAGUCAUUUACCAUUAUUUUUUUGUUUGGUCAAAGUCAUUUAUCUUGAUUAGAAGGGCUUUG